AGAUGACCAUCUUAAAGCCAUACUGAGGGUCUCAGUUGCUUCCUCCCUCAAGCCAAAUGUGGAUCAGCUGUGUGAGAGGAAGCGCUGCCAAGUCUCUGGCAGCAAGGAGUAGGAGGAAGUAAGUUAAGCUUAUGUUCUGAAGAACCGUUCAUGUUCUGCACGUUCUGACUUAUUAGUAAAGAUUGAGAAGAUUGGAUCAGUUGUCAGUUUUUUUUUAAUACUUGAAGCCUAUGUUCUGAAGAACCGUUAAUGUUCUGCACGUUCUGACUUAUUAUUAGUAAAGAUUGAGAAGAUUGGAUCAGUUGUCAGUUUUUUUUUUUUAAUACUUGAAACCCUUUUUUUGUGGAAUACUUGAUGCGGCCCAGCUUCACCCAGAGUCUACCUCCAGCGGCCCCCAGCCCAGCUGUGCUCAGUGCAGUUGUACAUUUUGAGAGCAAAGCUGCCCUGAUUGUGGGCUCAUGCCACGAUCGAACUUGAAUUCCAGAAGGAUGUUAGAUUAGUAUUGCGGUCAUAUCUUUACGGUGUUGAUUUGUCGCAACUACAAAGGCGACGUGGACAUGGCGGAGAUCGACCACUUCCUGCCUUUACUCAUGCAGCACGAAGAGGACGGGCUCCUGUGCCCUGUUCUGUCACGCGGCAACGUCCACUUCAUGUGGAUCAAACACAGCAACCUGUACCUGGUGUCCACGACAAACAAGAACUCCAACGCCUCCCUCGUGUACUCAUUUCUAUACAAACUGGUGGAGGUGUUCACAGAGUACUUCAAAGAGCUGGAGGAGGAGAGCAUUCAGGAUAAUUUUGUGGUCGUCUACGAGCUGCUGGAUGAGCUGAUGGACUUUGGAUUCCCUCAGACUACCGACAGCAAGAUCCUCCAGGAAUACAUCACUCAGGAAGGCACCAAGCUCGAGGUGGGGAAAUCCAAGGUGCCGACCACCGUCACCAACGCCGUCUCCUGGAGGUCAGAGGGAAUCAAAUACAAGAAGAACGAGAUCUUUAUUGAUGUCAUCGAGUCCAUCAACGUACUGGUGAAUGCCAACGGCAAUGUGAUGAGCAGCGACAUCGUGGGCAGCAUCAAGCUGAAAACCAUGCUGUCCGGGAUGCCCGAGCUGCGGCUGGGCCUCAACGACCGAGUGCUCUUCGCUCUCACCGGGCGUGACAAGGGGAAGACGGUGGUGAUGGAGGACGUGAAGUUCCACCAGUGUGUCCGUCUCUCGCGCUUCGACAGUGAUCGAACCAUCGCCUUCAUUCCUCCGGACGGGGAGUCUGAGCUCAUGUCGUACCGCAUCAACACCCACGUGAAGCCUCUGAUAUGGAUCGAAUCGGUCAUCGAGAAAUUCUCCCACAGUCGAGUGGAGAUCAUGAUUAAGGCAAAGGGGCAAUUUAAAAAGCAGUCUGUGGCAAACAAUGUGGAGGUGAGGGUCCCGGUCCCCAGUGAUGCCGACUCACCCAAGUUUAAAACCAGCACCGGCAAUGUCAAAUACGUGCCUGAGAAGAACAUGGUGGUGUGGACCAUCAAGUCUUUCCCUGGAGGUAAAGAGUUUCUAAUGAGAGCUCAUUUUAGUCUGCCGAGUGUGGAGAACAAUGAGCUUGAGGGCAAACCUCCAAUUACCGUCAAAUUUGAGAUCCCAUACUUCACAGUCUCAGGAAUACAGGUGCGAUAUAUGAAGAUCAUUGAGAAAAGUGGUUACCAGGCUUUACCGUGGGUCCGGUACAUUACACAGAGUGGAGACUACCAGCUGAGGAGCAAUGUGUAAAGCCUGAGGGAUUACGGCAUCUUUCUUCAAUCGGGACCUCCAGAGAAACAUCAAUACUGACCACUUUUAACUGGACUGAAAGAAUGUCUUCAAAUUUCACCUGCUCUAUUUAAUGCCAGCAAUCGUGUGUUGUGAAUUCUGUGUGCAACUUGAUUUGAAUGUUUCUAUUGUAAAAUCACUGCAGAUUAUUUAAAUGCUUAAUGAAAUUAUUCCUUUUAAACAAUGUCAUACCGUAGGUGUCAUUUUUUAUAUAAGUUGUUCCCCUCUGUUUUUCUCACUAUUUUGCCACGCCAUAUAUGGACUGAUUUUGUUCCCAUACUGUAGUCAAGUAUUGUGCAAUCACAGUCACAAAAUUAAAAAGCUACACCCGC